AUGUCUUCGAGCUAUACGCGUCUCUUUAGAGUGCUUUUCGUGAUCGUUUUGCUGAAGCUGAUCUUCCUGGUGAUCCUCUACUGGCGCAGCUAUGAGGGGGGCGCCGCCAGACUGCAGUCACGGGCACAGGCACAGGCACGCCACAGGGUUGACAUCUUCGAUCAGCUGCUGGUGGACAGAAGGGAGAUGCCCAGCAUGGAGCAGCGUUUGCGUUGGAUACGCCAGGAGUUGCCCUCGUUCCCCCUGGAGGAGCUGCUGCAGCGACCAAAUCCACCAGCACAGCCACCAGCAAAUGGCACAAAGCGACCUGCAGGCCGCUUGGAUUGUGGCCUGGCGCCGGAUCUGAUGAACAUCGAUUUCCACAACACCUACUGGCAGCGGGCGCAGGCCGGCAAUCUCACGUACUACAUCUACGGGGCGUACUACGACGACCGCGAGGCGGUGCCGGAGGCGCCGCUCGUCCGGCUGCUGGCGAUGAUCAACCAGCACAUGGACGCGAGCUUCCAGUACCCGGCGACCCACUGCCAGUUCUGGCUGCAGGGCCGUGUCCAGCCGCUGACGGUGCCCGUCACCGAGCACAAGGUGAUGUGGCCCUUUGGCCAGGCGCCGCGCCGCUAUUAUCCCACACUGAUGGGCUGCCGGCUGCCCGAGGGCCGGCACCGCUGGCAGGUGCCGCAGAUGGUGUCGCUGGUGGCGAAUGCCUGCGAUCGGGCCAGGAAUCUGCUGCGCGUCGUCUACGAGGAGUCACAGUCCGGAAAUGGAUCAACAGCAGCGACACCCACUCCGAGCGGAGAGGAGGAGGAGCCAAAGGAGGCGGAGGCGGAGGCGCCCGCACUCCGCUUUGCUGUGUGCGUCAAGGCCAUGGACUUCCCGUACGAGGACAAGUCCUGGCGCCUCAUCGAGUGGCUGGAGCUGAUGCGCGCCCUGGGCGCCCACAAGGUCGUCUUCUACGACGCCCAGAUGCACCCCAAUAUGACGCGCGUGGUGCGCGACUAUGUGGCAAGGAGUCCGGGCUUCGUUGAGCUGCGGCCCAUGUCCCUGGGCCGCGGUGAGCCGCACGCCCAGCCGCACUUCCAUCACUACGCCAUGGCGGCAGACGGCUUCAAUCGCAUACUCAACGAGAUGAUACCCUACAACGACUGCUUCUACCGCAACAUGUACAACUACGACUACAUCGGCGUCUUCGACAUCGACGAGGUGAUCAUGCCGCUGGGCAACAGGACCACCUGGCCGCAGCUCAUCGAGAUAUCGCGUGCCGCACCGGACUACGGCGGAAUGACGCCAGCCAGCUGCAAGGAGUGGGUGAGCUUCUGCUAUCGGAACGUGUACUAUCCGCGCUAUCCGGAGCGGCCCAAGGUGUACGGCAAUCUGUCGAGCUCCUUCUACAUGCUGCAGCAUGUGGAGCGGGUGCGGGAGCACUGCGGGCGCGGUGCGGCCACCAAGUGCCUGCACGACACCCGCUUUGCGGUGGGGCUGCACAAUCACUUCACCUUCUACCACACGGAGGCGGCCAGCUGUGCCGCCAAGUCGGUGCCCAUUGAGUUCGCCCAGAUGCAGCACUACCGCGAGCCGGACACCAAGUCCCUGCUGAUCGAUCCCGUGAUCGAUGCCAGCAUCUGGCGCUACCAGCCGCAGCUGCAGGCGCAGGUCGAGCAGCGGUACCGCCGGCUCGGCUUCCUGCCCGACGAGCGCCAAUUGGCGGCGACGCUCGAGCGGCGACGCCUCGAGGAUGAGUCGCUGCUUCGUGAGGCUGUGGGUGACCAGACCCGGCCACAAUGA